ACAACCAUUUAGAUCAGCAAGCUUGUCUCUGACAGGAUAGCAGUGCUUAAAUUAAUGCAGGGGAUUGAUUUAUUUAAGGAAGCAUCAUAGUUCCACCUACUUGUAAUGAAGCAUAUGCCGUAGUCUCUCUCUCUUAACUUUGUUUGGUUGUUCAGUGAUCAUUGUAACACCACCGGCGACACUGAUUCCAUGGCGGAGGAGACGACCUCAACCUCAAAGCCACAUGCGUUGCUAGUCCCAAGCCCCGGGCUCGGCCACCUCAUCCCCAUAAUGGAGCUCGCCGACUGUCUCGUCACCGAUCACAACUUCCAAGCCACCGUCCUCGUGGUCUCAUCCAAUAUUCGUGCACAGUCCCAAGUCAUCCAGUCCGCAAGGACUCAGAAGCUCUUCGACAUCAUCGAGCUUCCACCACUAGAAGCCUCCUCCGGCCACGACGCCAACCCGGCCGGUGCAGUUUUCACAAACCUACCUGCCAUCAUGCUUGAUGCCCGGGACGCUCUCCGGUCCGCAAUCUCUGCCUUGGAGCCCAAGCCUGCAGCCAUGAUCGUUGACCUUUUCGGCACGCCUGCUCUAACGGUUGCGGAUGAGUUUCACAUGCUCAAGUAUGUGAAAGUGGUGUCAACUGCUUGGCCAUUGACCUUGCUUUUGUAUGCGCCGGUUUUGGAUAAAAAGGUGGAAGGAGAGUACUUGGAUCGGACCGAACCGCUACAGAUCCCUGGCUGCAAACCAGUUCGGCCCGAAGAUGUUGUGAAGCCGAUGAUUAACAGGAAAAGUCGGGAGUACGAGUGUUUCUUGCGUGCAGGGGUGGAGAUGGCUACGGUGAGUGAUGGGAUUUUUGCCAACACUUGGGAAGAACUUGAGCCUGUAACUCUUAAGGCCAUGAGGGAGGAUCCAGAGUGGAAGCAGGUCCUUAAGGUUCCGGUUUACGCAAUCGGUCCGAUGGUUAGAGUGGGAGGGCAGGAGUCGGCCGGUUCAAGGAGCGAGUUGCUAGGCUGGCUGGAUGUACAGCCUAAAAAUUCUGUGCUUUAUAUUGCCUUUGGGAGCGGUGGGGUUCUUUCUGCAGAACAGAUAACUGAGAUGGCUUGGGGUUUAGAGUUUAGUGCUCAGAGAUUUAUAUGGGUGGUGCACCCACCGAGAGAUGGUGACAAAGGCAAUGAGAUCUCGGACUACUUGCCCGAGGGAUUCGUGGCUCGGACUCAAGACAAGGGUGUGGUGGUCACUACUUGGGCUCCUCAAUCCGAAAUCUUGGCACAUCCCUCCGUGGGAGGGUUUCUUUCACAUUGUGGAUGGAGCUCGGCGCUGGAGAGCAUACUGAACCUUAAGCCGAUGAUUGCGUGGCCGCUGUUUGCGGAGCAGAAAAUGCUUGGUACGCAGCAGGUGGAGGAGCUCAAAGUGUCGAUCCGCCCUAAGGUUUUGCCAACAAAGGCAAUAGUGAGGAGGGAGGAGGUUGAGGAGUUGGUGAGGAAGAUUAUGGACCAGGAAGCAGGAGAUGCAAUGAGGGCAAGAGCUAAGGAGAUCAAAGAGAGUGGAGAAGCGGCUUUGCGUGAGGGCGGGUCUACUUUCAAAACCAUGUCUGAAUUGGCAAAGCUAUGCAAGAUCAACACCGAAGGGCAAAGCCAGAAAGUUAGCUCUGAAAGCUUGGCUUAAUAUAUACUUUGAAGUUUGAACUGUGGCCAAAUAUAAGAGGUGAGUGAACAAAUAAGGAAUUAAUGUGUUUUACCACUAUAAAGGCUAAAGAGCUAGGCUCGUCCACCAUUGUGUUGGAAUUGCUUCUUUUGUUAAUUUUGCUCAUAACACUAUUGCAUCUGUAAAAAUAAAUGUAUAUCCAAGGCAUCCAGUUUCUUCCUGCA